AUCCCUCAUGGAUUCUUCUUCUCGAAGUUCUCAGCAGCGUUUUCUUCGAAGGCCUAGUAGCGAAUUACUUUCCGUCUCCUGCACUCUGUACUUGUGCGAACGCGACUUCCUGCUCCAUAGGUACGUUCUGAGAAGCAGUGAAUGUAGACCCACGACUCUCACGCGCCAAGGCUUCGGCUCUGUGUGGGCUCUGGGCCGCUCUACUGCCGCAUACGUGGGCCCCUCUCCUCGAGAAUUAGAGUCCAGAUUUCCCUCCGCAACAAGCUCGCACCUCGCCGCACCUUGCCGCUCCUCGCAUCACUCGCAUCUCGCAGCUCAUCGCAUCCCGCUGCUACUAGCACCACACGCACCUCGCUCUCUUCGCGGCACCUAGCCACCCUCGCACCUCGCCGCACCUCGCCGCACCUAGCCGCACCUCGCCCACACUCACACCUCGCAUCACGCACCACGCUGCAACUCGGCACACUCACACCUCUCUGCACGUUGCCACGGUUACACCUUGGUCCUAGCCGCAUUCGUACCGCUCUGCACCUAGCCACAGUCGCACCUCGCUGCUCCCAGCCACACUCACACCUUGGCGCUCCCCGCUGCACCUAUCCACCCUCCCUCCUCCUUGCCAUACUUACACCCUCCUCGGGCCUAGCCGCACUAGCACCUCGUGCAACUAGUCUCUCCUGCACCAGGCUGCACCUCGGCUUACUUGCGCCUCGCUGCACCUAGCCUCACUCGCACCCCUCUCGCCCCUUUCUGCACCCUCCCUGGUGAUUGAGUGCUUGUGCAGGUUCUGCACCUCUCUCAAUCCCGUGUGGGUCUCUAACGUUUGAGGGCCUCCGGGACGCAGCACAGGCUGUUCCAGGUUCUGUGGAGUCAAUCCCGUACAGGCCUCCGACGUUUGCGGGGCUCCGGACUCAACAAACACGGUACCAAUUGGUUGAUGUUGACGCUGAUUCUUGUUGGCACCAUGUUUCCCCUCUCCCCAUGGCUGUGUAGCUUCAUUUAUCAUUCACAACCCGUAAUAACCUCUGCCCAUUGCUGUAACUCGGCAACCCCACCACCAGGCAGGCCCGCACCAACCUUAUCCCUAUCACUGCCGUCUCAUCCAUCCUUGCUUGAUCCGCCCAUGGUUUCUCCGCUGGCUGUUUAUGCUCCAUGACCGUCAUGCACCCAUUGAUUGUGCGUUCGUCUUUUGCAUUUUUCCCAAUACCUUUCCACCAACCUGGCUGUCCGCUUAUUAUGGACCAGCACAUUAGUACUGUUACCCACCAUUUUCAAGCCCGUCACCCUGCAGAGAAUCGUGAUGGCGCGCCGUUGCCUUCCUCGGUCCAGCACCAUGGCAAAUGCUCCACCUGUCACCAGCUCCGAACCACUGCCCCCCUUGGAAUCUGUGGACGAUUCGUGGUGGCAUUCAUCUGAACUUAGCCGACUUCCUGUUCCUAUGCCGCCACAAUCCCCCCUUGCUGGGUGGCCAUUGGUUAUUACCCUUGCAAAUGUUCCUAUUUAUCCAAACCUAGUACACCAUGCGGUGCAGGUCCCAGCUAACUCUGCACCCUCAAAUUAUACGGCUUAUGUCCUCGUCGACCUGGAGCCUUUGCCCCAUGAUGCAGCAUGAUGUACUGUUGUCUCCAUUUGUGGCUAAUAAAAUCACAUGCUGUCC